AUGUCCCAGCAAUCUGCUGAGGCCCAAGCUGCCUACUCCGUAGUGAAAAAUUUCGUGCGCUGUUGGUUGGGACCCAACCCACUGAAAAUGUCUCCUCGAAUGGUGACCAAACGUUUGCAAACCAAUUGCCAAGCUCGGCGAACAGAUCAACAGCCACCUGACCAAUCACCAACUAAUACUACCGAGCUACCAAUAUUCCAACACAUUACCAGGGAAAAUAAUUCUCAUACAAAAGCGAUAAGGGGGAAACCGGUCGUUGGCUGUCGAAGAAUUUUCGGCAGCCUUGUGAGUAGUGUACUAUGUCUAUUCACUUCUCCAUGGACUCAACCCCGCACUGAUGAUGUCACCUCGAUUGGUGAUGAAACGUUUGCAAUCCAACUACCAGGCUCGGUGAACACACCAACAACCAGGCAGCGCACCCGAGCUACUCACAUUCUACAAGAUUGCCAACAACCACGUAUUGGUGGUUUGGCCUUAAUUCAACUCUUAUUCUAG